AAAAAAAAAAAAAGAAAGAAAGAAAGCAAAGUAUCACCAAGAUUAACUUAUUUGUUCAAACCUUAUAAAUUCCCUCCAACAUGUAUUCUCGAGGAACAGCAGGUGGCGCUGUCAGACCUUUGAUUAACACGCCUACCUAUCUCGAAUACCAUGGUUUACGAUUUUUAAUUGUGGAUGCGCCUAGUUCCAACAAUUUACCACUCUAUCUCCAGGAGUUUGAACGUUGGAAUGUAACAGAUGUUGUUCGUUGUUGUGAAGCAACAUAUUCAAAAGAAUUACUCCAUGAAAAACACAUUCAAGUUCAUGACUUUGUAUUUGCUGAUGGUGAAGCACCACCUAGUCAUAUUGUGGAUGCCUGGCUUCAGUUGAUUGAAACGAGGUUUAAAGAUCAAGAUGAAGAAAGGAAACCCUCUAUUGCUAUUCAUUGUGUAGCAGGUUUAGGAAGAGCCCCAGUUUUAGUGGCUAUUGCUUUGAUUGAAGAUGGAAUGCAACCUUUAGAUGCAGUAUCUUAUAUUCGUGAGCGUCGUCGAGGAGCUAUUAACAAGAAACAAUUAAAAUAUAUUGAAAAUUAUAAACCAAGAUCACAGACAAGUCGAUGUAUUAUAAGUUAAUUAUUAUUAUUAUUAUUAUUACAAUUAUUACUAUUAUUACUAUACCAAUUUAAUAAAAGAAAAAAAAAAGGGGAG